AUGAGCCGCCGCCACACCAGGGCUGGUCUCUCAAGACCCGCCCCGCCGCCAGCUCGCGUCUCUCGAGCUGGAGCAGGCGGCGGCGGCUCCCGGGAGGCCACUGGGUGUCGGUGUUUCCGGCAGGCUACGGCCUGGCUCCUACCUCCCCCGCCUUCGCCGCCGCGGAACCACCAUCUUGACCUCGUCUGCCCGCCUCAGCAGUUGCCGCUGUUUCGAGGUCGGGAGGCUGCGUCCGCGCCUGUUUCCGUCAUAAGCCAGGGCCAGGGACGCGUGCCAUACCGUCAUCACGCACGGCGUAGCGAAGGACUCAAAACGUUACCAUGGUUGCGACCCGGGCCACCUUCGCGGCUUUGGCGCCACCCUGUGGCGCAGGCGCUCUUCGGUAGCCGUGGCCACCCGACCCCGAGAGGCCUCCUGCUCCGCCUCGGCGUCUGCUCCUUGAGGAACUCCGUGCUCCGCCGGCGGGAAUUUAAUAGCUACUUACUAGCGCCCACGAAACGUCCCAUAAACAUGGUUCAGAGGUGCUUGGGAGGAGGAAAGCCAAAGGCUGCCGCCGGCCGACUUACUCCACCCCACCUGGAGGCCGGGUCCGAGAGAAGCCCGACCGUCCAGAGGUCCUGCUGGAAGCGGCGCGGCGUGCGUUUCAGGCAGCGGUCGCCCCGCGUGGCCUUGGCCUGCUGGAGGCGCUGGCGAGAACAGCGACCCUCGCAUCUCUGCACGUCCCUCUUCCUACCUCCCACCUAAUUGGACAGAACUGGGGACACUCAUAGGCCACAUUUGACAAAGUCAAGGGCCACUGUGAUUUAAGGGCAAUAACCGAGGCCUCUUUUUCGUCUCUGAGGACUCUAUAUGGGCGAUUAUCCUCUUAUCAAUCAACUCUCCGGAGGAUUAUAGAACUCCUCCAAGACCCCAUUCUCUGGGUGGAGAAUUACCUGGAGGAGGGAUAAUAGAGGAGAGGAAACAUAAUUUCUCUCACCAGAGAUAAGCAUCUUGAGACCACUUUACAAGUCUAUACCCCUGUCCCUUUGUCACAUUCCUGAAAAUCCUUAAAAGACAGAAUCCCCAGCCUUUUAGUGCGCCUUCUCUCUAGGUUGCCCGCACUCCCCUUUAAGUGAAUACUUUUAAAUAAAGCUUUCUCACUGUU